CUUGAUACAUACAUAAUGUAAUGCAUCUACAAAACUAUUUUCAAGCAUUUAAGAAGAAGCCAUUAAGGUAAAAUUGUCAGUUUUCUCCAAAUGUUUUGGUUGGUACUGUUUCAGGGCAGUUGAAUGAGAAUUGAAUGAAUGCCCGUCAGAAGAGCACAGGAAACCGAACUGAAUCACAUUCACACAUCUCAGGUCCCUUACGAGGUUGUCUCAGUCAGUCUGUUGUUGUGGUGUUGGACUGAGAGCUCAGAGACCUGCUGUUGUACAAUUUAAUCGUACAAGCUCAGUUACAGUGAGAAAUCAAUUCUUUGACAUCGUUCAUCAGUAAUCUGUUCUGGUUAUCACAGUAAAGAGAAUUGAGGACAGCUCAUGUGCCACACGUUAAUCCUGUCAUAGAUGAGAUUUGAGGCUGAGUUAGAAAGCCGUUAUAGAUCAGAGAACUUUAUGAUGUUUAGUUGACUAAAAUAGCACUAUUAUAGUAAGGCAUUUAAUUCUAUGUGGCUUUCGCAAAUGAGAAAAUAAUGGCGCUUAGGUGCUUCAAACCCGAUAAUCCUUCUAAAUUGUAAUUAAAAAGUGAUGAAAUCACUGCUCAUCUACCAGUCCCUAUUGCACGUUCAAAAGCUCAUCUUGCAGAAAGAAAUCCCAAUCCAAAAGCAUCGGCGUUUCGAAAGUGGCACUUGCCUUCUGUAAGCCGCGAAGAGCUUUUAAUGUCAACCCAGACAGAGGCGUAUCGUUUGAUGAAUUGAAAUGAAAUUUUAAUUUAAUAGCUCAGCAGUAGACAGCGUCUGGCCUGGACCAAUUUUUUUUUUUUUGCGUCGUGGCUGCCGUGGGUCGCUGUGGACAGUGGGAUUUGCGCAGAAUGUAGGCCAGCGGCAUCAGUCUUACGUCAAAGGCAGACAGAUUCAUUGUGCCGAGGGGUGAUGCGCUUUGGCCCAGAGACUCUGUGUUCACGGGAGAGGUGACAACAUGAAGACGGUCUUCUCGCUGCACAGGAAAUGGGCGCACACCAUCAAGGCCAUUCGCAUCCUCCAGGGCAUCAACCCAGUCAUGGAGGAGACGGUGUGGGAGCAGUACACUGUGACCCUACAGCGGGAUUCUAAGAUGGGCUUUGGCAUUGCUGUGUCUGGAGGGAGGGAAAACCCGAACGAAGAAAGUGGAGAAGGGUCAAUUGUCGUAUCCGAUGUGCUGCAAGGGGGUCCUGCAGAUGGCUUGCUGUUUGAAAAUGACAGAGUGAUCCAGGUCAACCAUGUGCCCAUGGACGGUGUCCAACACGCCUUUGCAGUGCAAACUCUCCGCAAAUGCGGCAAAGUAGCCAAAAUCACGAUUAAGAGAUCAAGAAAAAUCCCCGUCAGCGUGAUCAAACGUGCUGCUUCCCCAGACGACCGUGUCUUUAGUGGCGACUACAACGACGACUAUGACCACGACCGGCGCAGCUACCCUGACCGUGACGCGAGUUACGCAGACGAGCGUGAUCGUGACUAUGAUCGCAGCCGCGGGAGGAGCAUGGACCGCGGCCUGAGCCCCGACAGACAGUACAGACGAGACGGCAGCCGCGGCCGAAUGCUGGACCACGAGCGCAGCCCAGACCGCCGCUACCGAAGUGACCACAACCUGGAUCGCGACCACAGUCCGGACCGCCGCUACAGAAGCGAUCGCACACUGGACCGCAACUACAGUCCAGACCGGCGCUAUCGCAGCGAACACAACCUGGACAGAUCACACAGUCCUGAUACGCGGUACAGGCCCGAACCGGCUCCGGGAUACAGCAGAGAGAAUUUAGCCAGCGACCACGAGCGCAAGAGGUUCGAUCCGCGGCAAGACGAAUCCAUGAGGGGUAGCAGUCGAGACCGGCUGGAUCGCUCGCCCUCGCCGCCGCCACAGCAACACGAACCCCUGGAGAAGCCACUCAGUGUUACUCUACUAAAGAACCGGCCCAAUGACGAAUAUGGCCUUCGUCUUGGCAGUCAGCUGUUCAUCAAAGAGAUGACGAGCACCGGCCUGGCAUCCAAAGAGGGCAAACUACAGGAAGGUGACGUUAUUCUGAAAAUUAACGGUACGGCCACAGAGAAUCUGUCUCUGAGUGACGCAGGGAAGCUGAUCGAGAAGUCUCGUGGGAAGCUGCAGCUGGUGGUGCAGAGGGAUCGCAGUCAGGUGCUCAUCCGAAUCCCACCCAUGGCAGACAGCGACUCGGAAAUAGAUGAUAUCUCCGAGAUAGAGUCGUACCGCUCCUAUUCUCCUCAGGAGGAUCGGCGGAGUCAUCACUCAGACCUCUCCUCACACUCCUCUAAUGAGAGACUGCAUGACAAAACCAGAGAUGAGCCUCCCAAGAGACUGGCUAAAAUGGGAGCGAUGCCGACUCCAUUCAGAGCGGCGCCGGUGGAGCUCCCGCCUCCUCCUGUGGAGAAAGAAGAGCCUCGCAGUGAGUCUCCAGCUCCUGUGGUAAAUGCUGCUCCAAAAAGUGUUCCAGUAAAAGCCAAGCCUCUGCCAAAGGUUCCCCUGCGGCCCAGUCUGGAGGACCAGGAAAUAUAUGGCCCCAACACUGUGAUGGUGCGCUUCCAGAAGGGAGAAAGUGUUGGCCUGCGUCUCGCUGGAGGAAAUGAUGUGGGCAUUUUUAUCGCAGGCGUUCAGGAGGACAGUCCUGCCGACAUAGAGGGACUCCGCACUGGAGACCAGAUCGUGAAGGUGAAUAAUAUGGAUUUCAGAGGAAUGGUCCGGGAAGAUGCAGUCCUGUAUUUACUAGAGAUUCCCAAAGGAGAGGAUGUGACCAUCCUGUCUCAAAGCAAACCUGAUGUGUAUAAAGACAUCCUGGCAUCUGGACGAGGUGAUAACUUCUUCAUCAGAACUCAUUUUGAAUAUGAGAAAGAGCUUCCUCAGAGCUUGACCUUCUCCAGAGGAGAGAUAUUUAAAGUGGUGGACACCCUGUAUGACGGAAAGCUGGGUAACUGGCUCGCCAUCCACAUGGGCAAAGACAAUCAGCUCCUGGAGAAAGGCAUCAUACCAAACAAGAGCAGAGCAGAGCAGAUGGCAAACGUUCAGAACGCACAGAAAGGCUCUGCCAAUGACAGAGGAGAUUUCUGGAGGCUGAGAGGUCAAAGAGCAGCUAAGAAAAAAGACCUUCGCAAGAGCAGAGAGGAUCUGAGCGCUACUCCCGUCACCACACGCUUCCCAGCCUACGAGAGAGUGGUGCUGCGGGAAGCUGGGUUCAGAAGACCUGUCGUGAUAUUCGGCCCUAUUUCAGAUGUGGCCAAUGAAAAACUGAGCAAUGAUCUUCCAGAUGAGUUUGUCACAGCGAAGACAGAACCUAAAGACGCGGGCUCAGAGAAGUCGUCUGGUGUUGUGAGACUCAAUACUAUUCGUCAGAUCAUCGAGCAGGAUCUACACGCUCUGCUAGACGUCACCCCAAAGGCUGUAGACACCCUAAACUACACCCAGUGGUAUCCCAUCGUCAUUUUUCUCAACCCAGACAGUAAGCAGGGAGUGAAGACCAUGAGAAACCGCCUGGCUCCCGGCUCCAACCGCAGUUCACGCAAGCUUUAUGAACAAGCAGUUAAACUGCGCAAAACCUGCUCACACCUGUUCACUGCUAUCGUUGAUCUGAACUCUUCCCAUGAUGCCUGGUAUGGAAGUCUCAAGGAUGCCAUACGAGAACAACAAGAGAAAGCUGUCUGGGUCUGUGAAAGCAAGCUUGAUGGAUCUGAGGAGGACCUGGAUCUCCAUGAUGACCGUAUGUCGUACCUGUCAGCCAUGAGCGCAGACUACCUGAGCAUGGACAGCCGUCUGACCAGCGAUGAUGAGGGCGGCGCGUACACAGAUAACGAGCUUGACGAGUCCACCGACGAGCCGCAGCCGAUGUCAGCCAUCAGCCGCUCAUCCGAGCCUGUUAGCGAGGAGAGACCCAUACCUGUUCCUCACGAGCGUUUAAAGAAGCCUGCGAGCAAAGAGGUGCAGCGGGACCCCAGCCCGCCUCCAUCAUUUGUCCCUGAACCCCCUAAGGUGCGGGCGGCUUCACGUCCUGCAGACUCCAGGAGCUUUGACUCUCGCUCCAGCAGCACAGUCAGCAGUGAUGCUCCUGUCAGUAGCAAACCGCUUCCACCGCCGGUAGCCCAGAAGCCCAGUUUCACCUCGAGGACGGGCCCCGCAGACGACACGACCUCCGGCGACCCUCUCGAUGACCCCGCCAGCCGCACCUUCCGGGGAAAGGUGAAGGCCUUCGAGCAAAUGGACCACCUGGCCCGGGCCAAAAGGAUGCUGGAGCUGCAGGAAGCAGAACAAGCUCGGCUGGAAAUAUCUCAGAAACAUCCAGAUAUUUAUGCAGUUCCCCACAAGCCAAAACCAAACCAAAACAGGCCUCAACCAAUUGGUAAUGGCUCUGUUCCGUUCAGCUCCAGCUCAAACUCUGAGUCCCACAGCUCCUCUAAAGCGCCGUAUUCAGAGAGCCGCUCUCACCACCGCGCCAAAGAAGAUGAUGAUGAAGAGGAGAAUCGCCGGCAGCGGGCCGACCAAACCCGCAGGGGCUACUACAAUCCCCAGAAAUACAGCGACACUGAACUCUAACACUCCCAGUCUGUGUCGGGAUGUUUCCUGUGCGUGUCAUUAUAAAGGAAACCAAGGUGUGCGUAAGAGAGGGACUGACAUGAACCACAGAUAAAGCAGAUGAGACAUCGCUUGCCACGGACACACAUGCAGUAUAAACAUGCCAUUUAUAAAACAGCAUCUUUUUAUACCUGCAGUGUUUUUAUAUGAAAUUUCAGUGUUUAUUUCUUGUCUGCAUGUAGUUUUUUUUUCGUUCGUUCUUUCAGACUAUUUGUAUGUCUUUAGUUUUUAUUUCUCCCACAAUGCCACGUGUCUGUUUCUACUGAAAGCUACUAGAUGGAGUUAACGUUACACUCUCCUCAUUUACACUGCGGGAGUUUGCCGUAAACCAAAGUGAAAGUGGGUUAAAUGUUAUUUUCCAAAAUAUUUGCUGAAGUGCCUCAAUGUCAUCGAUCAAUCAUGUAUUAACUUAUGCUUAGCAAAUGCUUGCUGCAUAUACUACUAUUCUAGCUUAUGAUAUAAUGUCACAUCAGUUUUUAUAUUGAUCCUCUGAGAUCAUGUGUAACUAUUGGUGUGUGUAUGAUCAGUGCUUUGGGUUUAACCACUCAUAAAACAAGAGUUGUGGGAUUUUUACAUUUUAAAGACAAAUAAAUAAACCUGACUUUCAAUGUU